AUGCUUAUGAGGUGUAUCGUAUUUGCGGGGCUUGGGUUAGUAACUGCAGGUGACAGUACUACUAAGAAUGCAGAUACUUUACCUGCAUACCACGAGAAAUACUACACAGAUUCUACAUUCGACACUUCAUCCUUCCUUUCAUUUUUUGGCUCCGUUUAUGAUACAACACUUACAGAUUAUAGUAAUUACUUGAACCAUGAUUACACAUUUGAUACUUCGUCGUAUUUCUCAUAUCUAUCAGAGCUAUAUGGUACUGAAUGGGGGGAUUAUAGUUCUGCUAUUGCUGAGUACUACGAAACCGAAACUUACUAUGACGACGACACCACUACACCUGCAGGCUCAGUGCAACGUAGUACAGGAAAUAGCAUAAUUGCUUCCUCUACAUCCCAUAUUGAGUCAAUCAAUUCUGCUACUACCUCCCAAAGCGUGACUUCUGGAAGUACCACUACUAGCAAUCCUACUUCAUCACUGAGUGGAUCUGCAGCCGCAUCUUCAACUUCUUCGAGGGCCGCAGAACAUGCAAUCGGUGUACCAAUUUUGAGCCUUUUCGCAGCUUUAGCUAUUGCUCUUAGUUAA